AUGUCAGUUUUACCCUCAUCUAUUUGGCUUCCUGCUGUCUCUUCUCAUUCCGAGUCGACUCGUCGUCGUUGUCGGACUCACCUGAAUGAUAUCAGCUCGUGUUCAUUGACUAGGCAGCAGCGACUCGGCGUCGACGCCAUUGUUAAGUUCGGAGUUUUCCGAAAACAAACAACCUAUCAGUGCUGCUUAGCUAUGCCAGUUGAAGAGGGACCCACUUCAUCAUCGUCUCAGGAUAGCUUGCUGUACUCCAGAGCAUAUUGGGUCACCAAAUCAAUAGUUGCUUGGAAUGUGGAAGCUGCAGAUGGUUCUUGUUAUCUGUACGCCAGCAAGACUGCUGCGUUAUAUGUUGCAAAUAAUGGAAUCGAAGAUAUAGUUGUUGAUAUUUCCAUGCAAACAGGCCACGAUUUGAAAAUUAAGCUCGAAGAAGAUAGUGCUGGGCUUCCAGAAAAUGUGAAGGAAAAGUUUCCUCAUAUUCGAGAUUAUAGAGCUUAUAAGGUCCCUCUGGCUUUGGAUGUCAAAAGUCUGCUCAAGUGCCAAUUGGCUGUUGCUAUCUUCAGUUGUAAGCAUUUCAUAUAUGUGUUCCAUUCUUUGUCAUUUGAGAUAAGAGCUUUUCGAAGCCACGAGAAAGUAGCUGAUAGGAAUUGCAUAAAUGCUACCGGUAUGCAGUUACCUGGUGUUGUUGAUGAAUUAUUCUCGUAUAAUGGACCCCUUGGCGCGGUUUUCUCAAACGGAGUUGUUUCACUUUACCUUUGGGCCCCUACUGCUCAAGUAGUACGUGCCUACAUUUACAGGGAUCCUUCAGGAAGUGAUCCUCUAGAAAUUCUUGAGCUUGAGGAGCUAAAUGGGGUUUGGAAUGCUAAUGGACCCAGAAAUUGGGAGGGCUGUUACUAUGUUUAUGAAGUCACUGUUUACCAUCCUAGCACCUUGCAGAUCCAAAAAUGUGUUGCAAAUGAUCCAUAUUCUAGAGGGCUCUCAGCUAAUGGAAUGCGGACUUUGUUAGUGAAUCUGGAUUCUGAUGCUUUAAAACCUGAAGGAUGGGAUAACUUGGCAGAUGAGAAACCUGAGCUUUUUUCUUUCUCUGACAUUAGUAUAUAUGAGUUGCAUAUAAGAGACUUCAGGUAUAGAGCAAUAUCUUCUUGUUCUUUCAAAAUUGCAAGAAAGAUCCUACCUACUUUAGAGUUCUCUCUUUUCCUCCUUGCUAGUGACUCUACUGUGCAUCCUGACUUUCGUGGUGGUUAUCUUGCCUUUACUUCCCAGCUCCCUAGUUGCUUCAGUCCGACCAGCUUGGUUGAAAGUGAAGGGCAGUGGAAUGGAAGUUCCGUUCCUGCUCAUUCAUCUUAUUGCCAGUGCCUUGGCCUUCCUUCUUCUAAUGGAAAGGAGCGGCAGAUAAUGGGGAAACUUGUGUUCGCAUUUCGAGUUUCGAGCUGCGAAUCUUCCAACUUGGGGACUAGACCAUUUGCCAUUGGUGGCAUGGAAAGGCGCUCCACACGAAAAAGAAAAGAAAGUGG